AUACAAUCCAGUCGGUACUGUGUUGUUUUGUUACUAUUGUGUUUUUGCUGUUUUCUGGUCUAUAGUUUUGUUUGUACGGUGAGUUUUAUAGUAAAUAACUGGUAAAGCACCGCCUUGGUUUUCAUUUGCUUUUAACGUACAAUGUUUUAUCUGAAAGUUAGGACGGUUUUACAUCUACAUUGGUUUGCACAAAUGUAGUUGUGUUCGUGUGUGUAUUCUUGUUGUAAAGUGUCAAUACUAAGAGCAAGUAUUUUCAGACAUACACUUGAUGCUGCUUACAGCCUCUCAGUUUGAUGAUCAGGUUUGCGAGGUGUUCAUGUUUAGAUAAUCAAAGGAUAUAACUAUAUGUGAAGGCUUUGUGCUCCCUACACUCAUCGGUGCACAUUGUUAUUUCGGGUAUGACAUACUGUCCUACAACUGGUACGGGAACUCAUUUAGGACCACCUUUUUGUAGUGUUUUAUCUCAAACUCCGAAUAGCUAAAAUUUAACCAAAAAAAUGCACUUACCGGAUCUAAGAUGACACUCCUGACCCCAUUGUACUGUUCUGCGAGCAAGAGUUGCAUCGAUUGGAACUACUAUUUCAACUUCAAGGGACAUUUUACCCUAAAAGCAUUUUUGAGCACACUUCUCAACAGUAACCCUACCACUCUACCAGCGCAGCUAUGUUUACGUGUGCACUUGUUGCGUCAGUGGCUACUUGUACUAAUGCUAGCCAUCCAAUUAUCGAAACCACUAUCUGUUGCAGUUUCAACUUUCAUCGUGCAAGUGCGAUUUCUUAGUAGGCCUUUUUGUUCAGCACGUGGUGAACCGUAAAACAAUACCUUCUCUGGGCUGCAUAUAUCUUCACCGUAUUUGCUGUUGAGAGUUACAUAAUAUGCUCCUUCUAAUCGUCCAAGACUCAGUAAUGUACGACUAUAUCAUCAUCCAAAUUAUCCUAAAUACAAAAUCUAAUCAAAACAUGGCAUCUAAUUAGAGGCUAUCGCAUGUUGACUAGUGCCCUAGACCCAUAAAUUCCUGGUGAAACGGGACCUAUUUCAUAUCAGUGAACGUUGUGGGUGAAUGUUUCCAAUAAUCUCAGAUGUGCAUGCGAGUUUCUCCAACUGAUUCCGGUAACAGCGGAGUUUUAUUUGUUGGAUUCAAUCAAGAUUAUAGUUGUUUUGCAGUUGGUAUGCAAAAUGGAUUCAGAAUUUUCAAUUGUGAUCCUUUAAAACAAUUAGAACGUUAUGAAUUCGAUAUCCGAGAUGGUACCGGUGUUGGCUACAUGGAAAUGUUAUUUCGUACAAAUUUACUUGGUAUACUGGGUGGCGGUAAUCAUUCACGUCUACCAAGUAAUGUCGCUUGUUUAUGGGAUGGAAUAAAACAACAAUUUGUCUUAGAAAUCACCUGUGCUACAGAUGUUCGUGGCAUUCGUUUAAGACAUGAUCGAAUAAUAAUUAUACUUGUAAAUGCUAUCAAAGUGUACACAUUUAGCCCAUCACCUCAAUUAAUUUUUGAAUCAAAUACAUGUUCAAAUCCUUCAGGAUUAUGUUAUGUCUGUCAAAGUGUUGAUAAUCCAUUGGUUGUAUUUCCUGGACGACGACCUGGUGUUGUAUCAUUAGUUCAUAUUGGAAAUACUGGUUGUAACGUCAAUCUUAAUAACAACGCAAAUAAUAACAAUCCUGGGAAUGUUACUAACAAUAACAGUAAUACUACUAAUAAUAAUAAUAUUGGAAGUACAAAUACAAUAUCCAUCAAUACUAUUUGUCCAUCAUCAACAAAUGCUACUAAUAUGCCACCAAGACAAAUAAUUGCACAUGAAAAUCCACUUGCAUCAAUCACUUUAAAUCGUGAUGGUUAUCUACUGGCAACAGCAUCACAAAAAGGCACAUUAAUUCGUAUAUUUUCUACAAAAGAUUGUACUUUAUUACAUGAAUUACGACGUGGCACUAGUCAAGCUACAAUUACAUCAUUAUCAUUUAAUAAAGAUAGUGAUUUAUUAUGUGUUACCAGUGAACGUGGUACUGCGCACAUAUUUUGUCUUACAAAAGAUUCUUUAACUAAUCCUCGUAAUAUUCAAAUUAGUAGUAGUAAUAGUAUUAGUAGUAGUAGUAAUAGUAGUAAUACUAGUAUCAAUCAUAACCAUAGUCCUCACUUGACAAAAUCUUCAGGAUUUGGUUCCGGUAAACUCUCUCUACGUUCUCUAUUUUCUACUACAAGCCAUAUACGAUGUGUUUUGGAAACGAAAUUCAAAGCUAUAUGUGCUUUCAGUUCUGUCAGUCCUGAUACUUUAAUAGUUUUAUCCGCAGAUGGAUCUUACUACAAGUACACAUUCACAGCAAAUGGUACGGUAACACGUGUAACAUUUGUAAACUUUCUAGAUUUCUAUGAUGAUGAAACAGAUUUCUAAUUUUGUCAAUGUAUUUAUUUCUUUGAUAAUUUAAAUACUAAGUAAUUGUGUUUUUGAUAGCUUAUCCUAUCGGUUCUUUUUCAAUUCAUGUUAACAUAGAUUGAAUAAAUUUAAUUCUUCCGUAGUUACUGCUGAUUGUUAUUAUUAUUAUUAUGCCACCUCUCUUUCUCUCUCCGUAUAUAUGUUUGUGUGUGUGUGUGUGUGUUUGUGUAUGUGAUUAUUUAUCCAGUUGUUUUUUACUUUUUGUUCUACGUUUGUGAUUUGUUUAUUUAUUUUUUCUAAUUGAACACUGUGGGGUUUUUUUGUCUUUCCGCGCUUUCUUCAUCAUGAUAUAUUAUACAUUUGUAAACUCUGUUUUAUACAAUGUGAAUUUAUGAAAAAACGGGUAAGAAUGUGUAUUAUUAUGAAUGAAAGUAGUAAAGAUGUAAAACAAUGAUUAU